AUGGGGAAGCUGAUUAGGAUGGGGACACAGGAGAGGCGGAUAUUCGGGCCAAAACGACUUCUUUGGAGUCGCUUAUUCUUCUUUCUGGGAAUACUGCUCCUUGGUUCUCUCUACCAGCACAUGAGGAGUUCCCAGGGCCUGCCCUCCCUGUGGGGGGCAGUCUCUUUGCCAUUCCCUAUAAAACUGGCUGGUCGGGACCUCCCCAGGAAGGAGGUGAUGGUGAGCAGUGAUCCUUGGAGAGUCAACUCUGGAAUGGAGAGUGGGACUCCAGUGCCUCUCCCCACCCAGGAUGGGGCUGAAACAAGACCUGGCUGGACACUGGGAAGUACCCACAGGCUGCCCAGAAGAGCAGCACGACCCAAAGAUAGCUCCAGUCCCACUAGAACAGACACUGAAAGCGUGAGGGGAACCCUCGGCACCACGCCUGGGAGAGGACAGAUGGAUCCCACUUCAACCGCAUCCACAAUGACGGGGACCAAGGCAACCCUAACACCGGCUUGGGGAGAAAUGAGCCACCAUCCAACUCAAAUCCGGGCAGUGGUGAGGAAGAACAGCCCAUCUCUGGGCACUAGGCAUGUGGUCAGUCAUAUUCCUCCCAUGCUCAUGACCAUGAUGAGAACCCAGGAGGUCACCCCAAGAUCCACAGUGAAAGGCAGGGAAACAGUGGUGACCUACACAGCACUGAAGACCACUCCUUCCAACAGAGGGCAGGAAGUCACUACAUCCUCAACCCAAGGUGUCCUGGCUCACACCCCAACAGUCCUGGACAGCGACAUAGAAACAAAUUCCCUGACUGCUCCUAGUAGAGCAAAGGGCAGAGACAGUGGCAGCUCAACUGUCUCCCAGGGACUAGUAGGGGAGAACUACCUCUCAACUCCACCAGGAACUGUCUUGGCGCACCCCCCAACCACCCCUCAGCCAUCAGAGACCUCAACCAAGUCAGACAAUAGGCCCAUAGGAGCCCACACCUCUACUGCUGCCCAGCGACAGGGGGACUCCUCCUCCAGAACCAGUGCUCUGACUUUUAGCACUUCCUCGACUACUUUCUGGGGGCUGUCAAAGAAACUUCCACAAGCACCGAGCACCUCAGCAAGUGCCCCCAGUAGGGCAAGCAUAGUCACUCAGGACCAUGGCUGUGUGGUGCUGCAGCCAGACCCCAUCACACUCACUGUCCCCUUCCCCAACCACAUCCAGCCCAGUCCCUCAGGACUGCCCCCCAGCCAGCCAGCCCACCCCCCUAAAGGAGAGUACCCUCCGGACUUGUUCAGUGUGGAGGAGCGACAGCAGGGCUGGCUGAUCUUGCACAUCUUCGGCAUGAUGUAUGUGUUUGUGGCCUUGGCCAUCGUGUGUGACGAGUACUUCGUUCCCGCACUGGGAGUCAUCACGGACAAGCUACGGAUAUCGGAGGACGUGGCUGGUGCCACAUUUAUGGCUGCUGGUGGCUCAGCCCCUGAGCUCUUUACCUCCCUCAUCGGUGUCUUCAUCUCUCACAGCAACGUGGGCAUUGGCACCAUAGUGGGCUCGGCUGUGUUUAAUAUUCUCUUUGUUAUCGGCACCUGCUCCCUCUUGUCCCGGGAGAUCCUCAACCUCACUUGGUGGCCCCUGUUCCGGGAUGUCUCCUUCUACAUCCUGGACCUGAUGAUGCUCAUCCUCUUCUUCCUGGACAGCCUCAUUGCCUGGUGGGAGAGCCUGCUGCUGUUGCUGGCCUACGCCGUCUACGUGCUCACCAUGAAGUGGAACCAGCAGCUGGAGUGCUGGGUGAAGGAGCAGCUCAACAAGAGGCCGGCCACCAAGGUCACGGCCCUUGGAGAUCUCAGCAAGCUCCCGUCUGUGUCCAUGCUGACCCGUGAGAGCAGUUCAGCCUCUCUGCAUAGCAGCACCAUCCGCAGCACCAUCUUCUGGCUCAUGCUCCACAGCCUGGACCCUCUGGGGGAAGGUAAGCAGGGUAGUGCCAUGUUGGAUCCCGCUGCUGCCAGGGUGCAGAAAGAAGCUGAAACAGCCAGGCCAAGAGCUGGUGCAGGAGAAGCGAGGCAACAGGGGAGUGUGGCAGGAAGUCAGCGGGUGAGGAGACGGAAACCCAGAAUCUCCCAGGAAUCCAGAACAGACUGUCCAUACUACUUUGGCAUCUUUGGCUGCCCACUGACCAGCCUCACUGAAGGCUGUGGCUGGGACACUGCAGUUUGGACACGAGCUCUUUCCUUUUCAUUCCUAGCUGGUCCCUCCAAGGACAAAGAGCAUGAGAGCUUGAAUCACAAGGCUGGGAAGCCCCCCAAAGCUGAGAGGAAAUCAGAAGAGGAGGAGCUGGCUGAGCUCCCUGCAGUCAUGGCUUCACCAGACCCAGCGCUGGGCACCCAGGGCGAGGAGGAGGAGGAGGAGGAGGAGGAGGACGGUGGCAGGCAGGAAGGCGAGAUGGGAGCUGAGGACACCGGCCAAAGCCAAGAGCCAGAUGGAGGGCCAUCGUCCCUGGUGGACAAGGACGAAGUGCAGCCAGAGGACAGGCACGGGGAAGAUGCUGGAGGUGACUCUGAAAAGCAGAAAUUCAAUGAGGAAAGUCACAGUGGCGAAGCCAAAAACAAUGAGAAAUGUGCAGAUGGUGAAGGAGGAGGAGAUGGAGGUGACAGUGAUGAAGACGAAGAAGAGGGGGAAGAGGAGGACGAAGAAGAGGAAGAUGAAGAUGAAGAGGAGGAGGAGGAGGUGGAGGAGGAGCAGGAUGUGCCGCUGUCCCUGGAGUGGCCCAGGAGCCGGCAGAAGCAGGUCUUGUAUCUCUUCCUCCUGCCCAUCGUGCUCCCGCUCUGGCUGACGGUGCCAGAUGUGCGGAGGCCGGAAUCUAGGAAACUAUUUGUCCUCACCUUCUUGGGCUCUAUCUCAUGGAUUGCCAUGUUCUCGUACCUCCUGGUGUGGUGGGCGCACCAGGUUGGUGAGACAAUAGGGAUUUCUGAAGAGAUUAUGGGGUUGACGAUUCUAGCUGCAGGAACCUCGAUUCCGGACCUCAUCACCAGUGUGAUUGUUGCUCGGAAAGGCUUGGGAGACAUGGCUGUGUCAAGCUCGGUGGGCAGUAACAUAUUUGAUAUCACCGUGGGCUUGCCUGUUCCUUGGCUACUUUUCUCUCUGAUCCAUGGUUUACAGCCUGUCCCAGUCAGCAGCAAUGGCCUGUUCUGUGCAAUUGUUUUGCUUUUUCUCAUGCUGCUGUUUGUGAUCUCUUCCAUUGCCUCGUGCAAAUGGAGAAUGAAUAAGAUCCUGGGCUUCACGAUGUUCCUCCUUUAUUUCGCAUUCCUGAUCAUCAGCGUGAUGUUAGAGGAUCGAGUCAUAGCCUGUCCUGUAUCUGUCUGA